GCUUAAGAAGAAAGGAUGACUGGAUGCAAGCGCCAUAAAACCGCCUUGAAAUUGUGAUAACUCGUUAAUGAAUGUUGUUCCCCCCCCCUGCUCGCUCUCAGACUAAUUUUAUGAAAACGUCUCACUGAAGAGGCUUCACUGUCUGCGUGCUGACGCACGGCACAGGUGCGCACCUCCUCAGCUUGUUUUCGUCAAAAAAGGCUUCAAAGUUUCAUCACUCCUUUAGGACGAUAUGGAAAAGUCCCAAAACUUCAGAAUCGACGCCCUCCUCGCCGAUGAGACUAACCGUGGCGGUCGAAACGUUUCCCCGGGCCUGAGCAGCGACAGCCCCGGGGGCAGCCCCGUCUCCUGCCACCGCGCCGACACCCCAUCCCCGCGGGGCGCUCACCUUCAGACGGGAAUAAUCCCCAAACCGAGCGUCCUAAGUUUCCCGCACCCAGGCCUGGCUUCUCUGACGCCGGGCGCCAUUCCCGGUAUGUACCCGGCACCGAUGUAUCCACUGAGCGCUCUGGGAGGGCAGCACCCAGCUUUCGCAUACACCGGCUUCACGCAGCUGACACAGGGCUACCCGGAGCACCUGAAGGCGGCUGCCAUGGCCGGACCACUGCCCCUGGAACACUGGAUCCGAGCCGGGAUCAUGAUGCCGCGGAUGCCGGAUUACACCUGUAAGUAUGAGCAAAUGAGAUUAACAGGCCCUCAGUCCGGCCUGUUGGGGAAAUGUCGCAGGCCUCGUACGGCCUUCACCAGUCAGCAGCUCCUGGAGCUGGAAAACCAGUUCAAACUAAACAAGUACUUGUCCAGACCCAAGCGCUUUGAGGUGGCCACGUCCCUGAUGCUGACCGAGACGCAGGUCAAGAUUUGGUUUCAGAACCGGAGGAUGAAGUGGAAGCGCAGCAGGAAAGCCAAGGAGCAGGCAUCCGCCUCCAGCAAGGCGGAGGGGGAGCAGCUCAGAAGUGGAGGAAAAAUAGCCAGCGCCAAAACAGACGAGGCCAGACGGGGUUUAAAUGUGGACCACAGACGGGCAGAUUAUGGGUUGGAGGACAGAGAGGACGGUGAGGAAGACGAUGAGGUAGACGAAGAGGAAGAAGAAGAGGACGAGGAGGAGGAGGACGGAAGCCAGCAUGGGUAUCGCAUCACUGUGAGCAACAAAGUUGAAAUAUCACGGUCCACAGACUUCUUGCAGCACAGCAACAAGCUCGGGUACGAUCCCCUCAGCCCGUUCUCUGAUGAUGAGCUGGAGGGGGUUCAGGUAGGAGGAGGAGGAGGAGGAGGAGGAGGAGGAGACCGGAAGAUUGGGGCAGGACUGUGAGGAGACCCCAGGAAGACCCUGAAUGUUACAGAGAUUUUACCAGGAAAACUGCUCAAAAAGCAGCUGUUUGUGUUUACUCUAAAAGACAGCUUCCAAAUCUGAAAAUGUGUCUGUUUUCAUUUCCAUCAAAAAAGUUUUUUGUUUGUUUGUUUGUUUUUUUAAGAAAAAAACCCCACUAAUAAUUAACACAGCACAUUCUGGACAAAUUAGUAUCUGAAUAAAAUCACUUUAUGUACUGUAAACCUUGUAGCAUGUAAAAAAAUGAGAUUUAUCAUCCUGCAGAUCUGUCACUUAUUAUUUGUCAACAUCCUGUUUGUUCCACCUGCUGACAGCUGGCGCUCAACCCUGCACACACACUUUCUGUAAAUGAAGGAUGUAAAGACAGUCUGAGGACAAACAGCUUGUGCUCCGUUCAAGAGUCACGAAGACUAAACAGGUUGCAUGGUACUCAUCACGUGUUGCAUUGUUUUAAUGUAAAUAUCACCGUUUGUCUGUCAUUUCUAACGUUGAUGAAUCCGUUCCUGUCACUGACAUGCAAGCGAAUGAGUUUAAUUUAUUUGAAUGAUUGCAAAGAUUAAUUAGAGUCGUAUUUAUGUCAAACUUGUCUGUGGUACAACUGUGAAAUAAAAAAGCGAACGCAA